GGCGGGGAAGCUGCGCAGAGACUCUUCCUCUCACUUCUUAGUCCACACGCCAGUCAGUCGCCAAUACAAGGAAGCGUUUUAAGGCCGCUGAGACGACUCGUAGCUAUUAAGCAGUGGGCGUUCCGUUUCGUUCUCUUCCCCCCCUCUCCGGCCGACGACACAUCCCUCUCCCCUCGGCGGCCAUUAAUUGGACGGGAGAUUAAUUCCCUCCUCCCUCCGCCGGCGAUCUUGAGAGAGAUAAGUGCUGUGUGUUUGCGUCGGGAGAGAGAGGGAGAGGUAGGCAGGUAGCCAUGACCACCGGCGGGGAGGAGCAGCAGGGGAGGAGGCUGUUCGGCGUGUCGCUCACGGACAGGCCCGUCUGGCAGCAGUUCCUCAUCUGCUCCUCCGGCUUCUUCUUCGGCUACCUCGUCAAUGGCAUCUGCGAGGAAUACGUCUACAACCGGCUCCAGUUCAGCUAUGGGUGGUACUUCACGUUCGUGCAGGGGUUCGUGUACCUGGGGCUGAUCCGGCUGCAGGGGUUCACGACGAAGCAGAUGGUGAACCCAUGGCGGACCUACGUGCGCCUCUCGGCCGUGCUCAUGGGCUCCAACGGCCUCACCAAGGGCUCCCUUGCCUUCCUCAACUACCCCGCCCAGAUCAUGUUCAAAUCCACCAAGGUGCUGCCGGUGAUGAUAAUGGGGGCAUUUAUCCCAGGAUUAAGACGCAAGUACCCGUUCCACGAGUACGUAUCGGCGGUGAUGCUUGUCAUUGGCCUCAUACUAUUCACGCUCGCAGACGCGCAAACAUCGCCUAAUUUCAGCAUGAUUGGCGUGGCCAUGGUGUCCAGUGCACUCAUCAUGGAUGCCUUCCUCGGCAACCUGCAGGAAGCCAUCUUCAAGAUGAACCCAGACACCACACAGAUGGAGAUGCUGUUCUGCUCAACUGUUGUUGGCCUGCCUUUUCUCGCUGUGCCGAUGGUAUUAACUGGGGAGCUUACGACCGCAUGGAGUGCGUGUUCUCAGCACCUGUACGUGUACGCUGUGCUGGUGUUCGAGGCGAUGGCGACAUUCGUCGGGCAGGUGUCGGUGCUGUCGCUCAUUGCGCUCUUCGGUGCCGCAACGACGGCCAUGGUGACAACAGCAAGAAAGGCGGUGACCCUGCUCCUGUCGUACCUGAUAUUCACCAAGCCCAUGACGGAGCAGCACGUCACAGGGCUCCUGCUCAUCACCAUGGGGAUCGUGCUAAGGCUCCUGCCGGAGGACAAGGAGAAGAAGGGCACCGCCGAGCGCCAGCAGCGCGGCGAGGAGAAGCGGCGGGGAGACGGAGUAGAGGAGGAGAAAUCGCCGUUGGUAUGAUCGGGGACCUGAAUGAGCUAAACGAAUAACAAGCCAGAGUGCAGGAUACCAGCUCUGCUUUUGUGAACCUCUGUCUAGUUUGUAUUGUUUGAUAUUGUGGAACUGUUUUCGGGAUUGUAGCUCCUAAGUUAAAGUGUUCCAAAGGAUGGCAAUGAUAGAGAUGGAUUAGAUGUUGUUGAUCUUUUCCCCUUAGGUCUCCGUGACAAUAUAUCAUGGACAACUAAGAUAACUCAUCAAGUGGAAAAUCAUAUAAAGUUCGUCAAAGUUAUCUUCUCCA